AUGCGAGACAAUGGACCAGAACAUCAAGAUCUGUUAGAAAUAAUUGUGGUUCAAGCUUUGGAUAAUGAGAACGAUCCUGUGGCUUUGUUGCCUCCUGGAAAUUAUGGGCAGUUUGUGUUUCGUAUUCAAUUAGAUGCGUCCAACAGUCUGAGAGAAUAAAUG